AUGAAGUAUAAUGCAUUGACUGCUAUACCAGAUGCGAUUGGUAAAUUGAAGAGUAUGAAGAUAUUGAAACUAGAUGUAAACGAAAUUGAGAAGAUACCAGAUUCAUUGUGUGCAUUAGAACAGUUGACAAAACUUAACAUGGGGCUCAAUGCAUUGACUGCUAUACCAGAUGAGAUUGGUAAAUUGAAGAGUAUGAAGAUAUUGAAACUAUAUUACAAUAACAUUGAGAAGAUACCAGAUUCAUUGUGUGCAUUAGAACAGUUGACAGAACUUAACAUGAAGUAUAAUGCAUUGACUGCUAUACCAGAUGAGAUUGGUAAAUUGAAGAGUAUGAAGAUAUUGAAACUAUAUUACAAUAACAUUGAGAAGAUACCAGAUUCAUUGUGUGCAUUAGAACAGUUGACAAAACUUAACAUGAAGUGCAAUGCAUUGACUUCUAUACCAGAUGAGAUUAGUAAAUUGAAGCGUAUGAAGACAUUGAAUCUAUCAGAAAAUAAAAUUGAGAAGAUACCAGAUUCAUUGUGUGCAUUAGAACAGUUGACAGAACUUAACAUGGAGUUCAAUGCAUUGACUGCUAUACCAUCAGGAAUAAAGAAUUUAAAGCUGAGACUGUUACGACUGAAUAACAAUAAGUUAAAGGAAUUUCCAUGGCAGAUUAUUGAAGAAUUGCCUUCCUUACACGAGUUAUCAUUAUGUGGAAAUGAACUGCAGAUAGUACCUGACCACAUUGGAAGAUUAUUACGCCAUCGUCCUUGCAUGAAUUGCAAAGUUUUAUUACGGAUGCAUUACAGAAAAACAUGUAUAUACUUUGAUGAGUCUAGUUCCGGAAACGAAGAGUCUAGUUCCGGAAACGAAGAGUCUAGUUCCGGAAACGAAGAGUCUAGUUCCGGAAACGAAGACUUGUCUAAUGAACAAUUAUCUGCCUUAAGCUACAAUCCAGAAUCACAAUACUCAACACCAUCACAGAAGAACUAUCUGCCGGGGAAUCCCCAUCUCAGAACGAGGCUAGAGUCAACUCAUUAUCAUAACAGAGUUCAGAGGUCGUAUUUUCUCUCCAUUGAACAGAAUACCAGGUUUGUAUUCGGUAAUGCUAAACGAAUACCAGUGAGGCGGGGUUUUGUUUUAAGAGCACAAACGAAAUAUCGGGGAUUUGUGUUUGGUAAUUAG